GGCAAGGUGGGGUGUGCCCAUUUUAUAAAAGACAAGGUGGAGUGCCCCGAUCUAGUCUAUGUUCAUAUAACAUAUGAAAUAAAGUUUGGUUCUUUUCCUCACUGUAUUUUCUCUCUCUUUCCCUCCCUUACAACCGCAAGGACUUGGAAUUUUCCGGCAUUGACUCGUUUAAGGUUUUUCAGCUUACUGAGUUACAGAUCGGGGAGGUUCAGGCACAUGAGGUAAGAAAGAAGAAUAGGGCUUGUAUAAAUCAAUGAAUUUUGGCAAUUCACCGAAAAUCUUAGGCACCAGAAGCAAAUUGGUGUUUUCAAUUGAGAGAAUCACUACCCAGAGCAGAGAUGAGGAAGAAAAGCUAGAAACAGUUGGCUGGUAGAAUGGAUCCAAUGAUUAAUCAAGGAGAGAUUUCCAAUCCCGCAGGAUAUUGAUUUCUUACCAACAAUGACAGAGAAGCCCAUUCCAAGAUCUAAUGUGAUGCUGACUGAUGGGCAAGGGAACCAAUUGGGCAGAACGAAUUGGCAACUGGCCGGAUUUUCCAGUGGAUGUGAACAGGAUGUGUCAAGUUACAGCAGAGUGGCUCAACAUGCUGACCAGAUUGAUCAACUGGUUAUAAAUGGCGGGGAUACUAUUAGGAAUGCAGGUAUAGGUCAUGAGGUUACAAGAAUGGGUAAUAAUACGGGCAAUCAUAUGGAGAGUCAGACCGCAGGUUUGAAUAGCAGUUUAUUAGCAAGUAUCUUAGCAUAUCCAAAUUUAGCUACAUUUACCUCUCCAGUCGCACCUCCUAGUGCAAGCACAUGCAUGGUUUGGAGGCCUUCAUUUCCCAACCUGCAUGCUCAUGUCAACAAUUGCAGUGAACCCAAUUUGUUGCUCGGAAACCAAGCUCGCUGCUGGAAUCUUUUGAGCAGCAGCUAUAUCUCAUCCCAGACACACUAUGAACCUCCAUCGCCUUGGCUUCCUAACCACGAUCUAAACUCAUCACCGAGAAUAGAAGCUGAUGCAGCCUCAAGUGUUACCAACUCUUUUAAAUUUGCCACGGUAGUGCCAGAUCAGGCCAAGAGAUUGGAGAGUAAGCUUCCUGCAACAAUGAGUCCCUCGCGAGAAAAAAACUCAAGUGGAGAAAAUGAGAAAAAUGAUUUAGUUGUAUUCAAUGAACUCAAAGCCAAUCAACACAAUUCAGAAGAGCUCUCGUGUAACAUUGCAGACUCAUCUUCUGCUGUCAUUUCUACACCAUUUGAGGGAGAAAAAGAUCUAGCAAGGCCAGAUGAACAAGGCAUCGACCUUAAUAAAACACCACUGCAGAAACCUCCAAAGAGAAGAAAGCAUAGGCCAAAGGUGAUUGUGGAAGGCAAACCAAAAAGGACUCCCAAGGCUGCAACCACAAAAAACACCGACCCCAAGGAGAAGUCAACUGAAAAGCGGAAGUAUGUUCGCAAGGCUUUGAAAGAGCCAGCAAUUCAACAAACAGAUUCUGCUAUAGAGACUACACCUCCCAGCUCUGCAAAGAGGAAGUAUGUGCGCAAGAAGGGCCUGAAUGAAUCAGCAGUUCAACAUACAGAUUCUAUUGGAGAAACCAUAAAUACCCGUCCUGUGAAGAGAAAGUAUGUACGCAAGAAGGGCAUAAAUGAAUCAGCAAAUCAGCAUGCAGACUCUACAGUAGGGAUUACACAUUCCAGUGCUGAAGCUGGUGCAAAAUCAUGUAGAAGAGAAUUGAGGUUUGAUUUGGAAACUACCACAGAUGAAAGAUACAGCAAUGCAGCUGCUCAGGAGGACAUGCUGAAUAAAAAAAGAGGGACUUUUGAUCUGAACACAAGUCUUCAAGUGGCAGAUUCAAGCACUACAACUUCACAGAUGAACCAGCAUAAUAGUUUACAGGUUGAAAACAAGCAAUCAGGUGCUACAAGUAACCAGACACCUCUCAUGAACCAGAUGGGAAGAAGUUAUACAUCAAUUUCAGAAAGACAUGCGGUAGCUGCUGAACUAACUCCAAGAAAAAUCAUGCACAUGGAGAAUUUAAACGUCAAUGCAAGAGAUGCACGAGGAAUUGGUCAAGUUGUCUUUCUAGAAAAAAGACCAGAGCGGACUAGACAGAUAACAUAUCAGAAUACCCCUCAAUCAGUACAAAUGAUACCAUUAUAUUUAAUUGAGGGUAGAGGAUCCAAGAGAGAACACGUUCAUAUUGAGAAAACAAACACCUGUACUUCACAACCAGUGGGCUCAUUGUUUGAUGAAUAUUAUCAAAGCAUUCCAGGCGUGGGAUGUUUGGAGGCCCAGAAAAGAAACAAAACAGAGAAUGGGACUCAAACAAACACACUGAGUAUGUCUUCUUGUGUUGCAACAACUAAAUAUCCUGGUGAGUGGUAUGUUCACCCGACAACUUCACAGAACCUUCCAAAGCAAUGUAUUUCAUUUAACCCGAUUUUACACCUAGAAAGGACAGGAGAGUCUAAUGGAUUGGCUCAAGUCCAUAACUCCCUCUCCCCCACCACAAUAGCAGUUUGUCACAACCUUUCACAAACCCCUCUCAAAACAAACCAUGCAUCUGAUAGCCAACUGCAACCUGAAACUUGCAACACUGAAAUGUCAAGAAUACAGCAGAUGUAUGGAGCUACUGUGUCAAUACCAAUUCCAUCUGGAAAGGGUAGGAUGCCGCAACAACCAAAGGAUAUCUUGAAAGAACAUCAGCAGCCAUCUGCAAAGAGAAGAGGGCGACCAGCAAAGCAGAAAUUCUCCUCUACAAUUGAAGAAAUCAUACACCACAUGGAGUGCCUCAGUCUCAAUGCAAGGAGCAAAAAAAUAAAAAACAAAGAGCAAAAUGCACUUGUGCCUUAUAAAGGAGGUGGCACACUUGUUCCCUAUGAUGGGUUUGAAUUUGUCAAAAAACACAAGCCAAGGCCUAAAGUAGACCUUGACCCAGAGUCAGACAGAGUAUGGAAACUGCUGAUGGGAAAAGAAGGAAGUGAAGGCCUUGAAAAAUCAGAUACAGGGAAGGAGCAAUGGUGGGAGGAAGAGAGAAAAGUUUUUCAUGGGCGAGUUGAUUCAUUCAUUGCAAGAAUGCAUCUCGUUCAAGGAGAUAGGCGUUUUUCAAAAUGGAAGGGAUCGGUUGUUGAUUCGGUAAUAGGAGUUUUCCUUACCCAAAAUGUUUCAGAUCAUCUGUCAAGCUCUGCCUUCAUGUCUCUAGCUUCAUUAUUUCCUCUGAAGUCUAGGAGCAAUGCAGCUCAUGACAGCCAUAGGAAAGGCAUCAUGGUUGAAGAACCAGAUGUCUGCAAGCAAAACCCAAAUGACAUCAUCAAAUGGAACAGCAAGUUUAGGUAUCCACUCUACAACCAAAGCCCCAUUACACACCAUGGAUCAGCAGAAUCACAGGGAGAAUCUGAAACUUGGUGUAUAGAAAGAGCAAGCAUGGUAGGGGCACAAAGUCACAGCCUGGAGGAAGAACUUGUAUCAUCACAAGAUUCUUUUGAUUCCUCAACUGUCCAAGCAAAUGGCGGAGUCAGAUCCUACUCAGGCUCCAACUCCGAAACAGAAGACCCUCCUACUGGAUGCAAACCUAGCACAAGUCAUGGUUUAUCUUUUGUGGAUCGUUUAGAGAUGGAGAGUCCCACCUUGCUAGAAGAAUUUGAUGGUUGUGAGAGUGGAAGUUCAUUGUUUAAUAGGGGAUCCAGGCAUGAAAAUGAGCAAGCAGAAGGUAUACAGAACAUGCAGCAAGGAGCUGGAUUGGAAAGAUUAGGUAAUCUGAACUGCUUUUCUCCAUAUAAUAAGCAAUUCAAUUACUGCAAUCCACAGGUGCAAGGGAAAGUGGUUUCAUGCAGUAACUAUGGGUUGCUACACAUGACUUCACAGUCCAAUGCACAGCAAGCAGAAGGCUUCAAAUUGCACAGUGAAGAUUCCAUAUCUUCUUGGACAUCAAAUUCUUCCAGAUUCAACAAAGAAAAGGCUGCAAGCUGCUCAAGCGAAACUGUUGGACAAAAGGCUGCGAGUGUGGGUAAAAAAGCUGCCAGGGAAUACGAGUUGCCAAGGUAUCAAGAAGCUCCACUAGCAGUCCAACAUUCUCUCUACAGAAAGCAAUCAAUGUAUGAACAAAGCAGUUUUCAGCCUUACCAUGAAAAUCAAGUUAAUGAGAGGAACGAGACCUUGCAAUGGCAAAGCAUGUCAGCUGGUGGACCUGUAAAUCUUGCCAAAACAUUGCCUGAGAAGCAAAACAGUUACACACAGCACAUCUCGAAUGUCCCCAGACUCACAGAAAACAUUCUUGAUUUUCAGAGGAUCACUUCCGUGAAUAAGCAAACACCCCAAGAAAACAUAGUGAUUGACCCAAAUACAAAGGAGAAAGUACAUCCUGAUAACAGGGAAAACCUCAAGUCAAAUGCAAAUGCCUCAAAAGUUAGAAAAGGAAAAGUUGAGAGUGAGAAAGCAGAUGUAUUUGACUGGGAUAGUUUAAGGAAGCAAGUGCAGACAAAUGGAAGAAAAGAGAGAGCCGAAGACACAAUGGAUUCCUUGGACUAUGAAGCAGUGCGAUGUGCUGGAGUCAAUGAGAUUUCUGAAGCCAUCAAAGAAAGAGGGAUGAAUAAAAUUCUAGCAGAACGAAUCCAGGAAUUCCUAAACCGACUGGUAAGGGAACAUGGAAGCAUUGAUUUGGAAUGGUUAAGAGAUGUGCCCCCUGGCAAAGCAAAGGAUUAUCUGCUAAGUAUACGGGGGUUGGGGUUGAAAAGCGUGGAGUGUGUGCGGCUCCUAACACUUCAUCAUCUUGCGUUCCCAGUUGACACAAAUGUUGGGAGAAUAGCAGUUCGACUAGGAUGGGUCCCUCUCCAGCCACUGCCAGAGUCACUGCAGUUGCACCUGCUAGAACUGUACCCAAUACUCGAGUCAAUUCAAAAGUAUCUCUGGCCAAGAUUGUGCAAACUCGAUCAAAGAACACUGUAUGAAUUACAUUACCAGAUGAUCACAUUUGGAAAGGUCUUUUGCACAAAGAGUAGACCUAACUGUAAUGCAUGUCCCAUGAGAGCAGAAUGUAGACAUUUUGCAAGUGCCUUCACAAGUGCAAGGCUUGCACUACCUGGACCAGAAACAAAGGAUAUAACAACUUCAACCGUUCCCUUUAUGCCUGACAAAAGCCCAAGCAUAGUCAUCAAUCCCAUGCCAUUACUUCCACCUGAGGACAACCAACAUAAAAGUGUGGGGUUUGAUAUUGGCAGUUGUGAGCCCAUAAUUGAAGAGCCAGUAACACCGGAUCAAGAGCAGACUGAAUUAGCAGAGACUGAUAUUGAGGACUUCGGAGAAGAUCCUGAUGAAAUACCCACAAUAAAACUCAACAUGGAAGAGUUUACUGAGAAUUUACAGAAUUAUAUACAUUCAAACAUGGAGCUCCAAGAAUACGACAUGUCCAAAGCAUUAGUUGCUUUGGAUCCAAAUGCUUCUAUCCCCACACCCAAAUUGAAGAAUGUUAGUCGCCUACGGACAGAACACCAAGUGUAUGAACUUCCAGAUUCACAUCCUCUCCUUCAGGGGAACUUGCAGAUGGAUAAAAGAGAACCUGAUGAUCCUAGUCCAUACCUUCUAGCAAUAUGGACACCAGGUGAAACUGCAAAUUCAAUUGAGCCACCUGAACAACAAUGUCAGUCCCGGGAACCAAACAAAUUGUGCAAUGAAAAGAUAUGUUUUUCAUGCAACAGUAUCAGAGAAGCUAAUUCACAAACAGUAAGAGGAACACUUCUGAUACCUUGUAGAACAGCAAUGAGAGGAAGCUUCCCGCUGAAUGGAACGUACUUUCAAGUGAACGAGAUGUUUGCAGAUCAUGAAUCUAGCCUAAAUCCAAUUGAUGUUCCAAGAAGUUUGAUAUGGAAUUUGCCAAGACGGAUUGUCUACUUUGGAACUUCUGUACCAUCGAUAUUUAAAGGACUUUCAACAGAAGGAGUUCAGCACUGCUUUUGGAAAGGAUUUGUUUGUGUGAGGGGGUUCGACCAGAAAACAAGAGCACCCCGACCUCUCAAGGCCAGAUUACACUUUCCAGUAAGUAGGUUGGUAAAGACAAAGAACGAGAAAAAAUGACAAGCAGGAGAGCAGCAUGCGAAGUUUAACAGCAAUGGUUCUGACCAGCAAGACAUUGCUACCUUAUUUUUUGUUUAAUAGACAUGGCAAGCUUUGUGAAGAAGAAAGAUCCUUGACUAACAUUCUGUUGUAGAUUCAAGUGUUCUUCCUCUAACAUGAGAUGCAUUACAAUAUCCGAGCUGGGCACACAAAUUUCAAUUGAAGUGGUAGGAUAGCAUCGCUAAUGGGAUGUAGUUGAUGCGAUCCCAUUUACAGGAUCCAAACCCAGCUGAGAGAAUUUUCAUGUGUAAUUGUAGGAUGACAUGGCUAGUGGAAUUUAGUUGAAUUCAUAGUUUUUAA